AUGAAAAAGCACCUUAAAGGUAUGUAGUUUCUGAGACCGUGGUUUGCAGGAAACAUAACCUAAAUUUGAAAGACAAUAAUACAUUGGAAUUGUGGAAGGUUAAGGUGUAUGGGGCGGAGGAUAUAGGAACGCUUAUUCGUCGCAAAGAUUGAUUUAAACGUUAUAUACCUCUAUGGCGAGGUGAAGGUUUUUAAGGAAUUGUGACAAUAAUACAUCGAUAUGCAACAUAUAUCACGCUAAUAAUCUCAAAUAAUCGCAUUAACCUAUUAAAAACUAUUCUGAUGGCUAGCGAUAUGAGUUGCGAAGUUUUUAGCAUAAGUUAUUUAACGAAACAGUUCCUUUGCAUUACUCCAAUAAGUAAAAUGUGUUUUAUGAUAUUGGAUGAAUUCAAAGCUUGUUCAUUUAACUUAGAUGCUCAAAAAGAAAUAUUAAAUAAUACAGUAAACUGCGAUCUAAUUAAACAGUAUCCAAUAAAAACGUCGUAUCAGAGAGCAUUUUUGAAGUCACUCAUGCAGAAGAUAACGGAAAGCGGUAAUGAAAUUUACGAUGAUAUUUACGUAGCGUAUUGUAGAUUAGUAUCACUGCCGGAUUCAAGUUCUGUGCAUUACCGUCAUUUUUUAAUAGAAAAUGGAACGUUGAGUUGUAUCACAUUGAAGGAAAGCACAAAUCUGAUUUCCAAGGGGAGUACAGGCUUAUGUAGUUGGCAGGGUGCUCUAGUACUGAGCAAAUGGUGUGCAGAAAAUAUGAAACAGUUGUAUGGAAAAAGUGUGUUGGAACUCGGUUGUGGUGUCGGACUGACUGGAAUGAGCGUCAUUACAGUAUGCCACCCGAAACAAUAUAUUUUCUCCGAUUACAACCCCGCUGUACUGGAUAUGCUCUGUGAGAACGUAAAACUGAAUUUCCUUGAAUCGUAUAAGCAGCAUGACCUGCUGAAUACGUAUCAUGCAAGUUCAAGGCUAAAAUUGCGAUUGGAAUUUGAACAAAGUGACAUUCGAGUCAUAGAAUUGAAAUGGGAAGACAUUGACAAGUGUACAGCAAAGGAUCUGUCGCAGCCUGACGUAAUCAUCGGCGCAGAUAUCCUCUACAAAAGUGACUCGUUCAAUUCGUUGACAGUAGGAUUGAAGCAUCUCUUGACUUCAGAUAAUUACGCUGUUUUUGCUGCAACAAUUCGUAACGAGAACACUAUUGCACAGUUCUUGGAACAAUUAGAAAAUCACGGUCUUGCUUUCGAAGAGUGUGCCUCACCGAAACAGGAUAUCACGAUACAAUCAAUUGACGUGCCUGUAAAAAUAUUGAAAAUUUUUCGAAAGAUCUAAAAUAAAAUCUAUUCUGAAUAUCCAGAAUA